AUGGGUGCAUAUUUAUCAUCACCAAAAACAAAUAAGGAAUCUUUAGAUGGAGGUAAUUUAGAAUUAGAUCCUAGUAGGUAUGGUUUAUCGUGCAUGCAAGGAUGGAGAAAGAAUAUGGAAGAUGCACAUAUAUGUUAUAAUAAUUUAAAGUUCAAUGAAAUUGAAGAAGAUGUUUCUAUAUAUGGUGUUUUUGAUGGACAUGGUGGUCCAAAUGUGUCUAAAUGGAUAUCUUAUAAUUUCCGUCGCAUAUUUAUAAGAUGUUUAAAAGAAGCUAAUGAAGAAAUGAUAAAAAAGAAUAUGAAAAGAUCUGAAAAUUAUAAAUUAAAAUUAAUAAAAUUAACUCUUGAAAAAACAUUUUUAAAAUUAGAUGAAGAAAUGUUAUUAUCAGAAAAUCAGGAGAAAUUAAAGAAAUAUAGUGUACCUACACAAGAAGAUGAAGAAGAAUCAGAUACAAGAGAGAAUUAUAUAUACUCUAUAUUAAAUGAUAUAAUAUCUAAAAAUAUUAGUAUUAAAGCUAUAGAAAAAGAUGGAAAGAGGUGUUUACAAGUUGUUUAUAACAAGGAUGGUAGUCCAGUAGAGGAAGGAAAUACUGAUGGUAGUGCUACAUCAACUUUAAAUCAAGAUCAACCAGAACAUAAUCAGUUAUAUGAAGAUGGUAAUGAUAACAAUAAUAGUAAUAAUAAUAAUAAUAAUAAUAAUAAUAAUAUAUCUCCUAAUUUGUAUGGUACCAAUGGAGAGAAUAUUUUAAGAAGCGAUGAAAAUUAUGAUUCAUCUAAUUUAAAUUUAGGUGAUAAUCAAGAUAGGAAGAAUUAUGAUGAUAUUGAAAAUUUAGGUGAUAAUAAUAAUAGUAGUAAUGAUAUGCUUAAAAAAGAUGAUGCAUCAUCAGAUAUUUUAACUGCAACUACUUCGACAAAUGAUAUGAAAGAUGAAGACAAGAAAAAUAAUUAUCUUGUUGAAAAGAAUGAACAUAUGAAAAAGGAAAAUAAUAAUUGUGAAGAAAAUAGUGAGCAAAAUAAGCAAGUAAAUGGUAUGUCAUCUUAUAAUAAGGCAUUAAUAGAGGGAGCAAUGGGUGAAUCAAUUGAUGAGAAAGGAUUAUUAAAUUUAAAUGAUAUAAAAACAAAUAAUAUAUUAAUAGAUAACAAUAAUGAUAGCAACAACAAUAAUAAUAAUAAUAAUAAUAAUAAUAAUAGUAGUAGUAAUGAUCCUUCAAUGUUUAGUACUGCUUAUGCACAUCAUUGUAAUAAUAAUGAAGGGACUAUAGGUGAUUAUCUUAAUAAUGAAGAAAAUAACGAAACAAAUAAUAUUAAAAGGUUGAAGAAAGAUAUAUGUAAUGAUGAGAAAGGAAACACACAGAAUGAUAUAAAAGAGGAGGACAAAAUGAGAAAUAUGGAAACAUAUAUGAAUGAGCCAAUUGAUGGUGUAAAAUCUGAAUUAACUUAUGAUAAUUUAAAAUCUAUGGAAGAACAAGAAAAGAAUGGAGAAAUUGAACAAGGAAUAAAUAAUAUGAUAGAUCAUUUUCAAAGCAAUAAUUUAUUAAAUAAUGACAAUACAAAUGGAAAUAUAAAUUCUUAUACAAAUGAUGAUAUUCAUAAUAAUGGGUCAUUACAAGGAUAUGAACAAGAUGGACUUAUACAAAAUAGGAAUAAUGGAGAUGAAGUAAAUAAUUCAGAUAUAGAAAGAUUAGCAUAUGAUGAAGCCUCAGCUAAUGUUAUUGAUAAUAAUAUAAAUAAUGAUAUACAUGAAGAAGAUGAAGAUGAUGAAAAUAAUAAUAAUGAUGAAGAAACAGGAGAAGAUGAUUGUAAUGGUGUUUAUUCUUCCGAAGAAUUAAGAUUAUUUGAAAAUUAUUAUUCUAAUGAUUAUGAAGAUAAUAUAGCAUAUAGUUGUGGAUCAACUGCAUUAGUAGCUGUUAUAUUAAAAGGUUAUUUAAUUGUAGCUAAUGCUGGAGAUUCUAGAGCUAUUGUUUGUUUCAACGGAAAUUCUUUAGGUAUGUCUACUGAUCAUAAACCACAUUUACAAACAGAAGAAGCUCGUAUUAAAAAGGCUGGUGGAUAUAUAGCUAAUGGUAGAGUUGAUGGAAAUUUAAAUUUGACUAGAGCUAUUGGAGAUUUACAUUAUAAAAGAGAUCCAUUUUUACCACAGAAAGAUCAAAAAAUAUCAGCCUUCCCAGAAAUCACAUGUGUUACUUUAACACCAGAAGAUGAAUUUUUGUUUCUUGCAUGUGAUGGUAUAUGGGAUUGUAAAGAUGGUCAAGAUGUUGUCGGUUUUGUAAAAACGAGACUUGAAAAAUUUGAAGAAAUUCCAGAUGAUCCAAACAAUUCUUUGGAUAAUACAGAAAAUAGUGAACAUAUGAAUACUAAUAAUAAUUCAGAUCAAAAUGAAAAAUUAAAAAGUGAAGAUCAAAAUAAUAUAAAUAAUGAACAAGAAAAUAUUUUAAAUACAUCAAAUAAUGAUUUCCAAAAAAAUGAAAAUUUACUAAACGAAAACAAUAUGGAUAAUAUAAACAUGCAGGAAAAAAGUGAGACGGAAGAAGAUUUAGAUUUAGAAAGAGAUGAAGAUAAACAUGAUGCUCCACCUGUUAUUGAAAGAAAGAAAUAUGAAAAGUUUAAUAAAUUAUCACAAAUUUGUGAAGAAUUAUGUGACGAAUGUUUAUCUAAUAAUUAUAAAGAAAAUGAUGGUAUAGGUUGUGAUAAUAUGACAUGUUUGAUAGUUCAAUAUAAUCCUGAAUAUAAAAUACAUACAGAAAAGAAAUUUCUUAAUAUCGACGAUAUUGAAUAA